UUUCAACCACAGACCAUUAGCCUGCCAUGGAGCUCAAUCGGUUCCUGCUCGUGCUCGUCGUAGCUCUAGUGGUUGCUCUGGCGACGAAAACAGCUCCGUCCGCAGCCGAAGAAGCGCUCGAGGAAGAUCACUUCUUCAAGAAGUACUUCCACAAGCCGGACUUCGACUACCCGAAGCCGGUUCACCCGGACCACCCUUUCUUCAAGAAGUUCUUCGGCCACAAGCCUCACCCGUGGUUCAAGUUCCCGUUCCUCCACAAGCCCGCGCCGAUCAAGCCGCCGCCGGAGAAGGCGGAUCCCGGUUUCCCCAAGGACGAUCCAGGACACCCUAAGGCGGCGGAGAAACCGUAGUUAUCGAUUGGUCGCCAGGAAUAAUAAUGAUGAUGAUAAUAAUGAUAAAGUUGUUGCAUGGCGUCGUUUCUCUUUUAUGGUUGGGUACUCUCUUUGUUAGGCUGAGCCUGAGAGAGAGGAACCAAGGUCACUGUGUGUACUCCUUUGUUCAUCAGCAUUGUAAUUUUAAAUCCUGAUCGCUUACAAGCUUAUGAAUUCGUGAGUUGUACUUAGGGUGGCGGUUCAGUUUUGGGUUUUUUUUGCUUCUUCUGUUCUAAUCAAAAUCAAAAGAGUUUCACAUGCUUAAUUAUUGAUUUUCUACUUACUUUUCUUUAACGAUUACAAACCAAUAGGCCGUUAACGGCUUUGGUUAACACUGAAAAUGAUUAACAAACAGUCAAAAAUCGACAUGGCUUCACACAAUUAAAGAUUGGUUUUCGAU